UGUGUGUGUGUGUGUGUGUGUGUGUGUGUGUGUGUGUGUGUGUGUGUGUGUGUGUGUGUGUGUGUGUGUGUGUGUGUGUGUGUGUGUUAACGCGCGAGUGCGUGUGUCAUUGUGCAUGUUUCUUGUUGCUCUCUUUUCAGGAGUGCAAUUACGGAUGGAUAGCCUCCAUAAUACAGACGUUAGUGUUGCAUUUCUGUCUCUUUUUGCUUUGUGUCAAGGUAUCGUUGUUUCAUAUUGAACUCGUGGACCAUGCCGUGAAAAAGUUUCAAAUAAGACAGGCAAAUUUGGCAGUGUAAAAACGCUUAGUAAUAAAGCUUAUUUAAAAUAAGUGGGUGGCGGGGCGGGGCCCUGAUAACAUCCAUUAGAUCGGCAGCGCAGAUGCUUAAUCGCUGAGUCGAGCUACCUACUUAACGCUGAUCAAACCUACGGAGAACCAAUCCUUUAUUUCGACUGCUUAUUCUUAUUAUUAAAGGUCUAUAUACAUAUUCAAUGGGUUCUGGUUCAAGUCAAUGCGAAGAAAAAGGUAACACAUUUUACUUCGGUGUGUUUCUAAGUGUGGGUCAGCUAUAUCGUGGAGGGCUGCGAUAAUGGUUUUCUCACCAUGCAUUUUACUAUCUUUGUUAUGGUCAGACCUAUACUCCCAGACUAUACAAUGCCGUGAUUAAAUGCAGUAUGUGUUGUUAAGAGCAACCCCUUAGGCUAAUUGUCUUGGAGCGGGGCGUCCCUGUAUCGUCCUUUUGUUUACUGAACCUAUGUGUCUGAAAUAAAGUAACAUUUAAUGUAAUUGUACAUCUGGAAAAGGAAAGAAAGAAAGAAAGAAUAAUAAUAGAUGACUAGUAUUUUAUGAAGAUUUUGAGCUUGAAUAUGUCAAGUUUAGAUGACUGACUUCUAUCUAGCCUGGUUAAAUCUGCUUGAAAACCUCUUCGCAAACGAACCUAAUUGUAAUACUCUUUGGUAACUAUAUUUGAUCAUGCAGCUCUCCACUCCAUCAGGCUAUUAUCAUUGUUAUGAGAUCAUUUUUGGAUAUUUACGACACAGUUAAAGUAGCCCCCUCGUAUACACUGCAAAUAGUCAACAUGAGAGAGAUAAAGUGUAACCGCAGGAGCUCAAUUGAUGGGGUAUUGCACAAAACCACCAUGUCUUCAUUACAUAUUGUUUGUAGAAAACCAUGCAACCUAUUUCUGCAAAAUGUACAUUACAGAUUUGUCAUCACAGAACAACAUUGAGACUUCAGGUUCUCUCCCUGUCAUCCUUAUCACGGCCCCUUCCCGAGAGGACAUCUACGCUUCGCCAUCCACCAUGACCAUAGCCGAUGCCAUCAAAGAAAGGAGGCCGACUUCAACCCCGAUUUUUGUUGGACGCAAACCAAUAAAUAGCAACAAAACGUGAUUCUGAUGGAACUGUACUAUCUGCAAGAUCACCAAGAAGAGUAAAACCCUUCCAUUUUACUAAAGAAAACCCCACUCUGAUGAUGAUGUACACGCAGCUUGUGGUCCUGCUGGUUGUGGAUCCCAGAUGACACACAGUUUGGGACCUGCCGAAGUGUCAAAGAGUUUGAGAAAUUCAACCGAAUUGGGGAAGGGACCUAUGGUAUUGUGUACCGAGCUCGAGACACCAGGUCUGAUGAGAUUGUAGCGUUGAAGAAGGUCCGCAUGGACAAAGAGAAAGAUGGCAUUCCCAUCAGCAGCCUCCGUGAGAUCACCUUACUGCUGAGACUGAGGCAUGUCAACAUAGUGGAGCUGAAGGAGGUGGUCGUAGGGAGUCAGUUGGAGAGCCUGUUCCUGGUGAUGAGUUACUGUGAGCAGGACCUGGCCAGUUUACUUGAGAACAUGCAGACACCCUUCUCAGAGGCCCAGGUCAAGUGUAUAGUGCUUCAGUUGCUACGAGGCCUGGAGUAUCUUCACCAUAACUUCAUGUUGCACAGGGACCUGAAGGUUUCUAAUUUACUGAUGACCGACAAGGGAUGCGUCAAGAUAGCUGAUUUUGGUUUGGCCCGCGUGUACGGUAUCCCUGUACAGCCGAUGACCCCCCGAGUGGUGACACUAUGGUAUAGAGCCCCAGAGCUCCUUCUCGGGACAAAAACACAGACAACUGCACUAGAUAUGUGGGCAGUGGGCUGUAUCGUGGCUGAGCUGCUGGCCCACAAGCCCCUGCUGCCUGGAGGCUCAGAGAUCCAGCAGGUGGACCUCAUCGUCCAGCUACUGGGAACGCCCAAUGACAACAUCUGGCCUGGUUUCUCCCGGCUUCCUCUGGUUGGUCAGUAUAGUCUGAGGAAGCAGCCCUACAACAACCUGAAAAACAAAUUCACCUGGCUGUCGGAAGCCGGCCACAGACUGCUCAACCUUCUCUUCAUGUACAAUCCCCAGCGCAGAGCAACUGCCAAAGAUUGCUUGGAUAGUUCUUAUUUUAAGGAGAAACCUCUACCAUGUGAACCCGAACUGAUGCCAACCUUCCCACACCACCGCAACAAGCGUGCGGCACCUCGCGUAGAGAGCCGUCCCAAACGAAGCAAGGUGUGAUGGGACGAAAGUUGAGGACAAGCCCCCCCCCCUCGCCACGACGACAGCAUCCUAUUCCACAAUAACAAUGAUCUGUCAAAGAUCAGAAGGCUCCUUCUCUCCCUCUCCACUGAAUACAAGAAACCCUUUGCUUUUGCUGGCUACCCGUGUACAUGUUGAUCACAUGCAUGUAAAAAAAUAUGUAAGUAUCCAAUAAGACAUUUUUUAUGAAAUGUUCUGCCUUUUGUAGGAUUGGCAUUUGCAGGUGGGCCUUUGCAGAUGACCUCAGCGUAUAGAGGAUAUUUAAGGUCGUUUCUUAAGGUUUCAGCACCAUCUUGGAGAGGAGCCUGAAGUAGUACGUAUAAGUGGACUCAAAGUGCUGCUCCGAAAUGAGUGAAAAAUAGAUCAAGCCCACGCAACUUGUUGGAUUCUACUAUGAUUCUACUAUGACUGUUUAUGAACACAAACCAUUGUGGACAACCAAACAUGAUUUUUUUUUUGUCCUUUGAUAAUAAAUGAAUCGGAUAUAUUUUA